GGCGGGUAUCUUCUACUAGUCGUGCACAUCGUCAAGGAACCCUUCACAAGCCAUUGUCAACUAGCUCUGUCGCAGUGUGAAAACCCCACAACUCCCAAGAUUACCUUUUCUCUGGUGGUUUCCUAGCUUUCAGGCUAGAGGCCGAAGACACCAUGGCUACCACUAUGGUGAUCCCACCAUACUCCAACAAAGUUGCGACCUACCUGGUCCCCGUCUGCAUCCUGGGAGCCAUCGCGUUACUUCUCGUCAUCGCACGUAUAUACACGCGAGUGACCAGGACGAAACGCUUGUAUCUCGAUGACUGGCUCAUCCUGAUGGCCGAGCCUCUCUCCUUAGUCGGCAUUUUAAUAGCCAUCACCGCAAGCGCACACGGCUGGGGCCACCCCACCGCCUACAUCAACCCCAAGAACCUUAAGCCCGUCCGGAAACUGCAAUUCGCGCUACAAACCGUCUGGCUCAUUACUUUCUGUUUAGUACGGCUCUCCGUUUCAUGCUCUUUAUUGCGCUUUGGGAACGAUAGGCUAUGGCGAUGGCCGCUCUACUUCAUCAUGGGGGGUCAAGUUCUAAUUUCGUCGUCGUAUGUGGUGAUUCAAUUUGGGCAGUGCAGGCCGGUGAGUGCUAAUUGGGAAAAUGUGCCGGGUGUGAAGUGCUGGCCUACCCAGCCGAUUAUCGAUUAUGGGUGGGCCGUUGCCGCAAUCUACAUAGUAAUGGACCUCACGCUCUCCCUAAUGCCCAUUCGCCUGAUUCGGACCCUGCACCGUAGCACCUCCGAAAAGGUGCUCAUUUGCUUCCUCAUGGCUCUCGGUCUUUUCGCGACUGCCGUCGCGUGUGCCAAGAUGACAACAUUUACCUCCUUCGGCAAAGGCGACUUUAUGCAGGCGACCAUACUGCCCUCUAUGUGGGCAAAAGUUGAAGAACAGGUUGGCAUCAUUGCGACAUCUCUUCCGUGCCUAAAGCACCCGGCUGAACAGUUAUUGAAGAAGUUGGGGAUAUUGAAGGAACAUCAAUUGACGAGGCCGAGUUUUGUCGUGGAAGAAGGGGCAAUCAGUAUGCCGACGAUGAAGGAGGAGGAUGCGAGGAGUAGCGGGGAUGGGUCGUCUGGUCCAAAGGAGAAGUCGAGGGUUGACUCGGUUGCUCUGGCGUUGGGUAACUCGAAGUCGAAUUCGAGUACAGGGGGAACGAAGGGUAACGCAUGGCAGGCCGUAUGAUCAGAAACGUCUUCUUUACCACCGUCAGCUUGCCAUAGUACUUGUAUUAGCGGGGCGUUUUAGGUGUUGGUCGUGAGUGUGUUGUUUUCAUCUGCUGUACGAUACCACGGACAUGGCGCAGUUAACGCUUUACCGUCCCAUUCUCUUGGGGGCGCCACUCUCACGAAGCAUAUGUGUACCAUAAUGGCAUUGCUGUAUCAUGGACCUUCUGAUCAUGUUUCUUGUAUGUGAGCGCUAGUAAGAAGAACCGUUUUGUCGAACGCGAUAAAUUAUUAAUUUAGGAGUUGGGAUAUAGAGGAAUGAGUAGCAAUUGCGUACGACAUGUUUAAAACGCG